UCCCAUGGGCUCCAGCAGCAGUCGUCUGGGUUCGCGUUCUUCUCGGCCACGACUCAACCGCAGGCUCUCCUCUCUUAUCUGCGGUGGCUCCACUUCUCGAGCUCAGCCCGAGAUUGAAGAUUGUCCAGCUGAAUUACUGGUGAAUGCUAUAGAACACAAUGAUCCUGUGACUGUCGAACAAAGCUCAACAAAGGCAUCCCAUUUGGCCUCCAGUGCUGGGACUGCAUUUACCAGCACCAGAACUGAAACAGGAACUUCAUCUGAGAGCAGUAGCGCAGCAAGGGAAGAUACUUCUUUUAUCAAUGAUUUAAGCAAUAUCGAAACAAGUAAUCGAGGGAAAUGCUUAUCUGAAAGUAAGGAAUUGAUUCCUCCUCAUCUGGUAAGUGAUGAACCUAGUCAAGUUGAUCCUUAUUGGGAGAGAAGUAGUAAUAUAGCUAGUGCUUCAUUUAAGGAUCUGCAUCCUUUGGACCCUGUCUCUGCAAAUGCAAGGGCUAACAUGGGUGCUGUAAAUGUUCAUAACUCAAUGGACAAGGAUAGGUCUAACAGUGGUGCAGGGGUCAUACAUUCAAGCAGUUCGCAUGCUCCAGAGCAUAGAGCUUCAUAUUCAGAUGGGGCAUCUGCUGAAAAUCAUGUGAGCGGAGUAUCAGCCAUUGAUAAUUCUAGUUCUGUUUCUGUUCCUGCUGUCACUGACUCACCAGUGACUUUGCACUCACAAGGAGAUGAAUCCAUUCAAGAGGCGAUACCUUCAGGUCUGGGAAUUGUGGUCUCCGAUCGGGCUGAUAGGGAGCGAGGUCGGAGAGAUGGAAGUGUACUUCAUGUUGAUGUGGUGAGCAUCUCUUCCAACAUUUUGUCUAGUACCACUGCUGAAGUAAGUAACCGUGAGGCAAGAAGGAAUAGUAGAAGACUGUUCUGGGAUGCCUUUUCAAGACGCAGUUCUCGAAGGCAUAGUGAUUCCCCAACCAUUGUCUUCUCAACAGAUGAUACUGAUGACCUAGGAUCUCAUGACAGAUGGCUCCUUGAUUUCAGUGGUGAUUUCUUUGAAGAUGGGGUUGGAGGUGACUCUGGCUACCUGGGUAGUAGAAUCCACAGCAUGAAUGAGCGAAGGUGGCACUCAAGAUCGGAGAUAUGGGAAAGGCUUCGUGGUGGGCUUGAUGAGAGUAGUCGGCGAACUACUACUUGUCCAACAGGCCUCCACCCUGAUGGUAUGUGCUCCUGCGAUUCCUUCUUGAUGGCUGAAGAAUCUAGCACUCGAGCAAGCAUCUCCCGAAUAGUCAUGCUAGCUGAAGCCUUAUUUGAGGUCUUGGAUGAAAUUCACCGCCAACCUGUCUCACUGGCACUGUCUAUGGUAUCACUCCCUGCCCCAGAGUCGGUUGUUGACUCUUUUCCUCUCAAGAAUCACAAAAAGGCCGACACAGCUCAGAGUGGGGAGGAUGUGGCACAGUGCUACAUUUGUCUGGCUGAGUAUGAGGAAGGUGAUAAAAUUAGAGUUCUUCCCUGCCACCAUGAGUAUCAUAUGUCAUGUGUUGAUAAAUGGCUCAAAGAAAUACAUGGGUAUUGUCAUUCCUGUCCAGUGCUCACUUGCCUUGCAUUUGUCCUUUUUUUUUUUCCUCUUCAAAUUUUACUAAUUAGGUUUUGCUUCACAGGGUGUGCCCACUAUGCCGCGGAGAUGUUCGUGAGGGCCUUACUGGUGGUUCUGUCUCAAACGGAGAGACCCCCUCUCUUUGAUAGCAUUGUACAUAUCCAUGUAAAUAGGGGCAAUGUGCUCUUUAAAUGUUGUAUUUACCUCCCUCAAAAGAUAUUUUUGUAUCUGAAUUUUAACCGUAUAUUUUCAAAAUUCCAUACUUGGUAGGAUCUUUGCCA